AUAGAGAAUUUCCCGACGGUAGCAAAAUUGGCGUUGCCUGGUAAUUGUUUACGUAGUAAUAUAUUUCGUGAUGCUGCUUUGCCAGAAGCUUGUUGGCAGUUGUGUUUAUACCCGGGUGGUAAACGUUUAGAGAAUGCGAAUAACGUCUCUUUAUUCCUCAAAAUGUCUUCCACUUCACCCACCAGAGAGGUUCGUAUCAAAGUGGAGUAUCGUUUUUAUUUUCUGAAUGAUAACGAUCAAGCGUUGUUUAGUAAUGUGAACGUUGGUGAAUUUCACGCGAAACCACCGAAAGGUGGACAUUCAUGGGGCUUGCGUAAUAUACCAAGACAGAAGGUGAGUGCCGCGAUGGAUUAUCAGUUUUGA